UAACAUACAAAUAUGCACAAUAAUAUACUAAUAUGCACAGUAACAUUUGUGGUAAUAUUCAGGAAAAGACAAAAAUGAUAGAACAAUAACUCCAACAAAUAAUUCAGUAUUUGACCUUACUUGGUUAUCCUAGAUUUGUUUACACUUAAGUUACUGUAUAGACAAGUGUAAAAUCUAAAUUUGUUUAUUAAACGUGAAGAAAAGCUUACUGACAAGUUUGAAUUUAUCAGUUAUUACAACAGUGAAAAGGAGUAACCGACAUAAUUUGAAAAAAAAAGUGAAAUGCACUUGAACAGUAAUAUCUUUUAGUGUUAAACAAAAUAAUGAGGUGUGGAUGAUAGAUGACAUUAUAUAGACCUCAGUGCACCAAGGUACAUCCGCUUAUGACAUAAAAGAGCAAAGAACAAUAUAAUUAGCAAAGAAGGGACGUUACUACACACACUAGAGUGAAAUGGUUGUUUUCCAACCAUCUUUCUGAAGUGAGGUGAUGGAAGACUCACUUCAACCCAGAACGGACACGUCAGGAUCGUCAGCGGAUCUGGACACAUUCCAAGAGAGCUUCUCAAGUGAUGUAGUCUACUUACCGACACAAAGGACACCACAAGAGCCGUCACACUUAACAUUAAGAUCACAGUGUGCCCACAACAAGUGUCCUCUUGGUGAAGGUAUUAACUUCCGCUCCAGGAUCAGUCCGUCGCCCAGCAAACAAGAAGACGCUACCUACAUGGAAACCCGGAGUGGAAAGAGAUAUGGCACAUUAUCAUGUACUACAGAAGAAAUCCGAAGUCGGCGGCGGCGGCGGUCUGACCAAAGCCGCCUUGGUACCUCCAGCUCUAGCACCUCCACGCUAGAUGUAUCAAACAGAGACAUACACCUACGCGACCGCCAUAACCACACACACCGUGACCACCACACACACUUAGAACACACACACAACCACCACGAGAACACACACCACCUUAAGGAACACCAUGAGCUGCGCCUCGACCACCUCCAGAACCGCAACGGAAGCUACAAGCUAAACAACACCGACGACUAUUACCAAGGACAGUCACAGCUCCUCCCUGCCGGCGAGAUGGUUGACCGUAGCUCCCGGAUCCCACCCAGGAAGAUUAAGGACACCAAUGUGACUUCCAGAGAGAGCAAAAUAACAGUUUCACAUACUGGGGUAUCAAAGAGUAGCAAUGGUGGGCCUCAGAUAGCUAUGAAUGGAGGCAUUGGAGGAUUUGCUCAGAGUGUCAAGACCAGCGUUCUUGGCUUCCUCACACCAUCCAAGGAGAAGACUCUUCCUGUUGUUGUAGAGUCACCUGAGUCAGAGUUUGAAAAAAGCAAUUCAACUGGAGAGAGAGUGGUUGCAUCUUCACCAGCUUCUGAGACGUUUAUGUCCGCAAGAGAGUUUUUUGCUAAAGCAGAUUUGAGGGAUCGCCUAACCAGUGACUAUUUUAGUGGGACUGAUACUCCUUCUAAGCUCAGGGUAUGAAAUGUAAUAAAUUUAGCA